UGGAAAUGGGUAUGCGAAGAAAUGCCUAAGAAUAAUGCUUGAGCAGUUUGUCACUGGUAGAAAAGGCCUAUCAUGUGGUGAUGACCAGUCAGUGUCUGAAUAUGAAGCCAAAUUCUCCUCAGACUCUGAUCCACCACCAGCAGCCAGCUCCAAAACGAUGGCACAACCAGCUCAUGUGGACCCCACCAAGAUGGGAGUGGGCCGGGCGAUUGCCGUUCUGACUUCAGGAGGUGAUGCCCAGGGUAUGAAUGCAGCUGUGAGGGCGACAGUCAGAGUGGGACUCUACACUGGAGCCAAAGUCUAUUUUGUCCAUGAGGGUUACCAGGGUCUGGUUGAUGGAGGAGACCAUAUCCGCCCAGCUACUUGGGAAAGCGUGUCAAUGAUGCUGCAAAUGGGUGGAACUGUGAUCGGCAGUGCCCGCUGUCAGGACUUCCGCAGCAAAGAGGGACGCACCAAAGCUGCCUGUAACUUGGUCAAACUGGGCAUCACCAACCUCUGUGUGAUUGGAGGCGAUGGCAGUCUGACCGGUGCCAACCAGUUCAGAUCAGAGUGGAGCGAGCUGCUGGCUGACUUGGUCAAAACUGGAAAGAUCACAGCAGACGAGGCCAAGCGUUCCUCUCACCUGAAUAUUGUCGGCAUGGUGGGCUCCAUCGACAAUGACUUCUGUGGCACUGACAUGACCAUUGGCACUGACUCUGCCCUGCACCGUAUCAUGGAGGUUGUGGAUGCCAUCACCACCACAGCACAGAGUCACCAGAGGACCUUCAUCUUGGAGGUGAUGGGCAGACACUGUGGUUAUCUAGCCCUGGUGACAGCCCUGGCCUGUGGCGCUGACUGGGUCUUCAUCCCAGAGAUGCCCCCAGAUGAGGGAUGGGAGGAGCAUCUUUGCAGAAGACUGACAGAUCAAAGAGGCCGUGGUUCCCGUUUGAACAUCCUCAUUGUUGCAGAGGGAGCCAUGGACCGCCAUGGUAAACCUAUCACCUGUGACCUAGUCAAGCAGCUGGUAUCAAAGAAGCUGGGCUUUGACACCCGUACCACCAUCUUGGGUCAUGUACAGAGAGGUGGAACCCCCUCCGCCUUUGACAGAAUCCUGGGUAGCAGGAUGGGUGUAGAGGCAGUGAUGGCUCUGCUAGAGGCCACGCCAGACACUCCUGCAUGUGUGGUCAGCUUGUCUGGAAACAUGGCUAUCAGGCUGCCCCUCAUGGAGUGUGUCCAAGUGACUAAAGAUGUAACCAAAGCCAUGGCUGAGGGGAGGUUUGAGGAUGCCGUGAAGCUCAGGGGAAAGAGUUUUGAGAACAACUGGAACACUUACCGAUUGCUGGCUCAUGUGCACCCCCCAGAAAUAAAGAGUAAUAUCAAUAUUGCCAUAUUGAAUGUGGGUGCCCCUUGUGCUGGGAUGAACGCUGCGGUCCGUUCAGCCGUGAGAAUCGGCCUCCUUCAGGGCCACCAGAUGCUGGCAGUGCACGACGGCUUCGAGGGCUUGGCUAAUGGACUGAUUGAGCCAAUCGGCUGGUCUGGAGUGGCAGGCUGGACUGGCAAGGGUGGCUCCAUGCUGGGCACAAAGAGAUUACUGCCACGUGACAUGAUGGAGGGUAUCAGUCUGAGCAUCACCAAGUUCAACAUCCACGCUCUGGUCAUUGUUGGAGGCUUUGAGGCAUUUGCCGGAGGUCUGGAGCUUGUGGAGGCUCGGGCGAAGUACGAGGAGCUGUGCAUCCCCCUUGUUGUUAUUCCUGCUACUAUCUCCAACGAUGUUCCUGGAUCUGACUUCAGCAUUGGCGCUGACACAGCUCUCAACACCAUAACCAUGACCUGCGACAGGAUCAAGCAGUCUGCUGCUGGCACCAAGAGAAGAGUCUUCAUUGUUGAGACCAUGGGCGGAUUCUGCGGCUACCUGGCAACCAUGGCAGGCUUGGCAUCUGGAGCUGAUGCUGCCUACAUCUAUGAGGAGCCGUUCAACAUCCGUGACCUCGAGAUAAAUGUGGACCAUCUAGUGGAGAAGAUGAAGACCUCAGUCCAGAGAGGUCUCGUUCUCAGGAAUGAGAACUCCAACAAAAACUACACCACAGACUUUAUCUUCAACCUGUACUCAGAAGAGGGCAAGGGUGUGUUUGAUUGCAGGAAGAAUGUUCUUGGACAUAUGCAGCAGGGUGGAACACCCACUCCCUUCGACAGGAAUUUUGGUACCAAGAUGGGGGCCAAGUCUGUCCUGUGGCUGACUGAUAAGCUGAAGGAAUGCUACAGACAUGGUCGUAUCUUUGCCAAUACUGCAGAUUCUGCCUGUGUGUUGGGCAUGAAGAAGAGAUCCUUGGUCUUCCAGCCUCUGGUCGAACUUAAAGAACAAACUGAUUUUGAGCAUCGUAUUCCAAUGAUUCAGUGGUGGCUGAGGCUGAGGCCCAUCCUGAAAAUCCUGGCCAAGUACAACAUCGACUUGGACACCUCUGAGAAGGCUGCGAUGGAACAUGUCAUCAAGAAGAGGGGCUUAGUUCAUCAGUAACCCCUCACCGUCACCAUUAUCAUCAAAACAGACAGUUUCACAGUCCAUCACUCAAUAAUAAGACAGGUGCAUUGUUUACAAAAAGUAUUUGUGCACUGAUUUGGAAGCUGCUGGUAUUUGUGUACUAUCAUUUGGCAGAGCUGUCACAGAAGCUAUUUGCAGGCGGCUGCUCUGUACCACACUGUCCACAAAUUCUGCUCCCAGCUUCUACCCUGUGCACUCCUUCUCUACUUUCACCAUAAA